GGCAAGCCAAAGACUUCAGCCGUUGCCCGGCCGCGCAGGGAGGCGAGCCAGGUGCCAAUCUCUACGAGGCAUGGGUUCGAAAUUCCUUGGCCAAGAGAGUCACAAUGGCACCCGACAUCGGGGGCCGGGCCCUCUGUUCCCUGCAGCUGCCGCAACAUGUUCUGGAACCCAUGGUGAAGUGCGCCAGCGUCACAAGCUCCGAGCGCUUCACCGUGCAGGAGAUCUGUCUCACGCAAGCCAACUUCUUCCGAUGCUUGCAGCAGAUCUACCCUAACAUCAAGGCAACCCUGAUCGUCCGUUGCUGGAAGCUCCUCUGCACGUUGCCAAGUGUCCUAGUGAAAGCCCUGCGGGCCCCUCCUGCUUGGAGGCCGUUCUUCUGGUCUAGCUGGUUCUGGAUGGCAUCACUGCCAUUGCGAACACGACGGCUGCCUGCGGAGGCAGAAGAAAUCAAUGUGGAAAGCAACCAGGACCCCCGUAUUGCCACUAUCCAGCCACUUUUCCGUGGCUGCCACCAGCUGGUGGAGAUCGCCUGUCGUUUUGCCUUGGACCGGGCAGCCAGCGCGGCUGAAGAGGAGAAGCCGGCUGCCGCCUUGAUGGAGGGAGCCCAGCUGCUCCAGGCCUCCAGGGCUCUUCGGAACAUCCUGGCACAGCUCGAUGUUUGCGCAUACCAGGAGUAUCGUCCGGCCUUGAAGGGCACGAGCGGUGGCGAUAGCAUUGCCCUGCGACAGCUGACGAGGCUUUGCCGAAGUCUUCAGGUCACCGGCGACGACGCCUUUCGCGCGCGCGGCUCUGAGGGCCGAGACUUGCUGAACGCCGUGCAUUCCUUCCAGUACGGCAUAGGGCUCUUUUGGUCCGCGCACCUUGGCCUGGCCGUGACGUCCAAUGGGAUCGACACCACAGGUACAGCUGGCCUUUCCAUCAGGCAGAUGUUCGUCCACUUGGAGAGCGUCCUCAAUUCCCGCUUCAGCCAGUGGAUUCCAAGGUUCGCCGCUGGAUGUCCCAAGCAGAGCAAGUGGGUUUGGUUGGCCGGCGCUGCCAAGGAGGUUGGUGAGGCCAUCUUCGACAGCCUGGGCUGCGAGGCUGUGCCACCCCCCUUGCCAACUCCAAGCAAGGAGAAGCUCUUUGAGGACGACUGUUGGACGCGGGACUUCCGCUCCUUCUCCAUGGCCCCUCCUUUAAAGGCCGAGCUUGUGAACUCUCAGCAGCUCUUCAUCGACCACAUCUCCCGGCUGGACCUCGGCUACUUCUACAGCCAGGUACUGCCUGAGUUUCGCGAUGCUGUCAGGGAUCUGUUGCAUCUCGACUCUCGUGCAGCAAUCGGAACGAGUGCUAACCUCAGCGAGUCACUCUGCAGGGUACUGCUGGCACUGGCACAGCGUGAGAAGCAUUUGAGUGAUUCAGGCGAUUGUGUGGUCAUAUCUGGAUCAGCCGAUUUCCUCUCCAUCCGCUCCCUGUGGAGGAUCUUGGCCCAUGCAAACUGGAAGCGCGUGGAGGUGGAGCAGUCUGGUGGCGACCAGGCGGCGCCGUUCCUGGAGGCCAUCGAGCACAGAGCACGAAACGUGCGGCUGGUCCAUGUCACAGCGGUGUCCUCGGUGGGGCAAAUCGCGAUGACCUCCAGCGAGCUCAAGGCCAUCAUUAUGGCUGCCCGUGCUGUGGGUGCGGCCGUCAUCGUGGACAUUUGCCAGGCGUUUUGCAACAUCGACUACGAUUUUGCAUCGAUCCUGUGCGGUCAGCUCGGUGACGUGUUCCUGAUGGGCUCCUGCCUGAAGCACGGCCGCUCGCUGGAGGGCCUGGGCUUCUGUGCCUUCGACCCGGCAUCCUCCCUCAGGCCAUGGCUGUCGCCGGGAUGGUGCGCUGACCUUUCGGCCAUACAGACACCGAUGGAGGACCCGGAGCUCGCCGAUGCCUUUGGUGCUAUGGAGGGUGGGACGGUAGCGAAUGCCGUCCACACCGAGCUCUUCGUGAAGCAGCAGAGGUAUCUCCACAAAUCUGGAAUGGGCGUGAAG